AUGUUUGCAUCUGAACUGCGACUGAGAGGACAAGUACCAAUCGUACAACCCCAUCAAGCGGAUGGGAAUAUACUUUGUUGGAACGGCGAAGUAUUCGAGGGUAUGGAUAUACACUCACGUGAAAAUGAUGGAGUCCGGCUUUUCAAGGCCAUGUGCUUACUCGAAGCACCAUCUGAUAUCCCAUCUCUACUCGGAAGGAUCGAAGGACCCUAUGCCUUUGUCUUUUAUCAUGCAACUUCACAAAGCCUCUAUUUUGCUCGUGAUCCCCUCGGUCGACGAUCUCUGCUAAUCCACAGACCUACAAAAAAACACCCAUAUCUACUUCUAACAUCUGUUUCAGUGGGCGUCCACUCAGCAUAUGAGGUGGAAGAAUUAUCUACAGACGGAAUAUUUUGCCUAGAUCUCGCAAAUUUGAAUAAGUCACCUGAAGUGGGGUUUUUACUUGCCUCAAUCUAUCUCGAGCUUAAUGGUCUACAGUUCGCUAGUAGCUUUGAUGGCUGCUUAACGACAUUCCCUCGAUGCCACCAAACACAGCAAUUUGCGCAACUCAGCAAAGUCAAAACUACAUUACCUACUGAGGACAUUCCUCAACCUGUAUCCUUAGAAUUGGAGAGGCUCCCUGACAAUAUGGUAGAAGCAAUGGACCAACUGUUGUUUCAUCUAGACCGGAGUGUUAUGCUUCGUGUGCGAGAUAUUCCACGAGGAUCAGAUCUACCAGGGCAAGCUCGCUUAGCUGUCUUAUUUAGUGGUGGCAUAGAUUCAACAAUGAUAGCAUUCCUAGCUCAUCGCCAUAUACCCUUAGACGAACCCAUCGACCUACUUAACGUCGCAUUCGAGAAUCCUAGAAAGAUCCAAGUGCAAACCGAGGGAAAUAUAGGCGCAAUGUCAAAGAAGAAAAAACAACAACGCUUAAAAAUCAGCGCCAACAAGGGAACGGAAAAUACAUCGUAUAUGGUGCCAGACAGGUUAACUGGCCUCAAAGAAGUCGAAGAGCUGAGAAGAGUGUGCCCUGGAAGGACCUGGAAUUUUGUUGAAGUGAAUGUAAGGUACGAGGAGAGUCGAGCUGCCCGUACGGGUGUUGAAGAAACGAUGUUUCCAGGACGAACUGUCAUGGAUCUUAGUCUAGCUAUGGCGCUCUAUUUUGCGUCGCGCGGUGUAGGUCAAAUACGCAGUGAGGUCGACCCCGACGGAUUUCGUCCAUACGAGAGUCCUGCUCGAGUGAUGUUAAAUGGUUUGGGUUCAGACGAACUUUUGGGUGGAUAUGGGAGGCAUCGCACUGCCUUUGGUGUUAGGGGCUGGCAAGGCGUCAUUGACGAGCUGCAGCUUGAACUUGACCGUAUACCAACCCGCAAUCUAGGAAGAGAUGAUCGUGUCAUUUCAUCGAAUGGGAAAGAAACGCGACAUCCAUUCCUCUCGCUUAGUCUUGUAGCCUUCCUUGCACAACUCCCAGUACAUCUCAAGCUUGAUCCACGACUAGAAAUUGGCACAGGAGACAAAAUGCUGUUGAGAGCCGCGGCACGAAAAGUGGGUCUCUUGGAAGCAAGCGAGAGGAAGAAGCGGGCGAUGCAGUUUGGAAGCCAUUCUGCAAGGAUGGAAGCAGGGGAUGGGGAAAGGAGGGGGGAUCUUUUGAUUGGUGGACGCACCGUUACUCUAGUCGAGGAUUAA